GUCAAUAUUUCCAUUACUCAUCAGAUGGAUCCCUCCUCCUCUUCGUCCCCACAAUUCCAUUAAUUUUAUAUAUAUCUUUGUUUUUUUUGUUUGUGUGUGUGUGUAUAGUGUAUAGGUGCAGUCUUCCCUCGGCAUCGGGCUGGGCCUCAUCCGCAAGCUUCCAAACAAAGAGAAUUAAUGGAAAGUGAGAUUUAUUCUCUUCCCUUGUUGUCCUCUCAAUAUUAUGUCUCUGUCCACCUCCAUCAAACCAAAACCUUUAUCUGCUCGAUCCCCCCCUCUCUGCGCCUCUUCUGCUCUUUUCUUCUCAAUUCUCAUCAUUAAUUCCCAAAUAAUACCAUUCUUUUUUCUUUUUUCUCACCUCAAUUAAAUCAAACCAUAUGCCUUCUUCUUCUUCUUCUUCUUCUUCUUCUUCUUCUUCUUUGGUGUUGGGUUUGAAAUAUAACCAAUCUUCCUGCAGCUGCUAGCAUGAUCCAACAUGGUUCCUCCUCAAAGUCUAAAUCAUGAUCAAAAUCUUCACGCCGCCAGUUAUGGUGGCUUUGCCUUCAAUAUUUUCUCACAGCAAAAUACUACUUUGGGUGUGAUGAAUCGGUUUGAGGGUUUUAACAAUCAUCAUCUUCAUCAUCAUCAUGAUUCUACUACUAAUUCCUUCCUCCCCGAAGAAGAUGAAUCCACCGGCCCCCAUACUCUCAGCGACACUCCUAAGGAUGUCCUUCUCCAAGACGCCGCCGAUAAGAGCUGGCUCCGCCUUAGCAUCGGCGCCGACGACAAACAUGAUGCAGCUCAACCACUGGAUAUAUUACCUGGCGAUGGCGGAGGCGGCUCCAAAUUCGGGCUUGAAAACGAGUCGUUUGGCGCAAGGGAGUUUUCGCCUCCGGCCGAGGUUAACUGGAGUUUCACGCCAAUGAUCUCCCACAACCACAACUCCUCCUCCUCCUGUUCUUCUUUUGUUCCAUUUGGGCCCUACUUCUCCAGGCCCUUCCAACUCCACACUGGAAUUGACUUAGUCGCCGCGGCGCCACCCGGACCUAGCUCUGAUACCAUCACAGUUAUCGACCCUCCUCACCGGCCCCAUUCUGGGAUUUGGUUUACGCUUCAACCAUUGGAAUUCAAGCAAGGGAGUUUUCCUCACAGAUCCAGCACCUACUUGAGAAUCAAGGAUGGAAGGAUGACAGUUCGAUUACUAAUCAAGUAUCUGGUGAAAAAGCUCAGACUUGAUAGCGAAUCACAGAUAGAAAUAAGGUGCAGAGGGGAAAAGCUGGAACCUUGCUUGACGAUGCAGCAUAUAAGAGACAAUAUAUGGACCUCCAAACACAAAAACUCUCUUACUUUGCUUCCACAUUCCUCAACCAUUCAUCACAUUAUGGUUCUUCACUACGCCACUCCUUAAUUCCCUCUCCUUCUUUCUAUUUAUGCCACAUUAAUUAUAUAUAUAUUGCACCUCACCCCUCUCACUCCUCGCUUUAUUUAUCAUUAUCAUUAUUAUUUACCCCUAAUCCCUUGUUAAUUAUUACUUUCUUUUCUCACCUCCUUAAUUAUUUCCUAUCCUACACUCUCUCCACCCAUCUUCAUGUUAAUUUGCAGCAAGGUGAGUGUACAUCUGCCGUAGUUGAUAUAUAUCUCUAAUCAAGAGGUUGUAGGUUCGAUUCUCCACUUUGGUAAAAAAAAUCUCAUCUAACACCUAUAUCACAUGACUUGAGAGCCCCAACUCUCCCUCAAGCAGUAWCUAACAGAUUUUUUCUUUUGAUCCUCCCCCUUCUUCUUCUGAGCAUAAGACAAGAAAAGCAUACAAAAAUUAAAGCAUUAUAUAUAUAUAUAUUCACUAGGAAGAACCCCACCUCUUCAUGUCAUAGCCCAUUUUUUUUUAAAGGAAACCAUUUCAUUAAGAGGUAUGCAUACAAAAAAGAGGCUAAACAAAUGCUCUCCAGUUAAGCGAAAUGGUCUAUAUAUCAUAAUUACAGAAGAAGAGGAGAUUUUGAAGACCGUGAAGAUGUUAAGGUCUUAAUAUCUUCCCACAACAUUGCUCCAAAGGAUGGAUCUUCUGUUGCGGUUCGGGUCACCUCUUCACGUCAUAGCCCUACACAUUAUUUCCUCUCUCUAACUACAAAUAUCUCUAGGGCCAACACAAAAUCCCCUUUCAUACUAAAUACCCGAUCCCUCUUGUCUCACACACAUACGUAUCUCGCGAUUURGGAUUUAUCAUAUUGUUAUUCCUUCUCACUUUUCUUUUUUCUCUCCCUCUUUAAUCUCAAUAAUAUAUGUGGUGGAGAUUUUUCAAACGUCUUAUCUUUUGAUAAACAGUUGAACUAUGCUCAAUUUGACAUUGUUUGUAAUAGGGGCAUGU